AGUCACCGUCACCCUACUAGUCACACCACCGUCGACAGACUGCCUGCUGGGAUGUAGCUGGCCAGCGGAGAACCGUACAGACUGUUACAAACCCGUGAUCGCUCACUGUUUUGGCGAUAGCACGAGAAGCGACCGGCUGGAGACAUUUGGCUCGUACAGGAGAAGGAAAGAAAGAGCCGCUCCGCCACAAUGAUGGAAGAAAUAGACAGAUUUCAAGUGCCGAGUGCGGUGCAGGAGGCAGAGAUGCAGUCUGAGAUGCAGCCACUGGACCCAGCUUCCUCCACUGCUUCAGAGGCAGACUCAGACACCAGAGAGGGGGAACCUGUUACCAUUAACUACAAGCCUUCUCCCCUGCAGAUGAAAAUAGAGAAACAAAGAGAGCUUGCUAGGAAAGGCUCAUUGAAGAACAACAACACUGUAGGUAGUCCAGUCAGCCAGCAGCCCAAGAAAAACAAUGUCAUGGCCAGAACAAGGUUGGUAGUGCCCAAUAAAGGCUACUCGUCUUUAGACCAGAGCCCAGACGAGAAGCCCUUAGUGGCCUUAGAUACAGACAGUGACGAUGAUUUUGACGUAUCUAGAUACUCAUCAUCAGGAUACUCGUCUGCCGAGCAAAUCAACCAGGAUCUGAACAUUCAGCUGCUAAAAGAUGGUUAUCGCCUAGAUGAGAUCCCAGACGACGAGGACCUGGAUCUGAUCCCGCCCAAAUCAGUCAACCCAACCUGCAUGUGCUGCCAGGCAACCUCCUCCACCACUUGUCAGAUCCAGUAACCCUCCCCCCGGCCCUUUGCCCCCUACCUUUUUCACACAACAUGGCCCCUGUCUUCAUCAGCCAUGGGUUUACCUUGCCCCCAGAGUGGCAACAGUGAGGCAUUGGUAGAAUUUUUGUCAUGACAGUAAAGUGCUAUGGUGAUAAUGACAAAUAAUCAAAUUAAUAAACUGUGUUCCAAAUCUAGGGGGGAUGAACAUUUCUGAGAAUAAUCAAUAUAUAUUUAAAAUACUAGUACAGUGAUGGAUUCCUCCUAUGGUAGGACGCACACUUGUGUUUGAGAGCUCCUCUCCUGGUGGACACGAUGUGACAUAACGCACUAUUAGCUGACAGACAAGAAGAGGUGAGUUAAUGUUGAAAAGGGAUUUCAGUUGUCCUGGAGAUUAACAAACAUGAUCAUAACUCUUGAUUCAGCUGCUGUGCUUACCUGAACUAUGGUUUGCAUUUUUCUAGUUUAAUUUCUAUUUAGUGCUUACCUUUUUUUUAACCUGAAGGAUCAAUGAGAUUGUGUGUGUUCAGACAAAUGAGCUGUGGGGUUUCUACCCCCAAACAGAGGGUUUCUAGUAUUGUAUUAAUGGCACUGUAGCACAGGCCAGGUCACUGCACUCAUUAACACCACCUUCAACACUUCUGGUUCCUCUGCUCCACCGGCUUGAGAUGUUUCAUCACAGGAUUUAGGGAUGAAUGUAUGAAAAAGAAUGGAUGAGGAAUGGAUUGCAUGAAGAGCACCUGACAGAAUAGUUAAAUGGGAAAUAAAAAGCAUGUAGGUUUUGCACAUUUGAUUUCGUUUGUGCAGUCACAUGCUGCUAUUGAGGCACAAACUUAACCUGCAUUUAUUUGAAUUUGCACAUUUCCUUUUUUUUAAUGUUUUUAUUGUUUCAGGCUUGUGUCUUUGUGCUCUUUCUUGCACAGCAGUGUCAGUGGCUUAUCCGAAAUGAACUGUGUCAAAAGGGACGAUCACACUUUGUUGACAAGACCUUUAAACGUGAUUCUAACAUGAUUCCCAUCUUAUCAAGACCAAAGGAAAUGGAGGAGAGAGGAGGGAUGAUGGGAAAACUUCAGAUAGAUUUUCCAGCGCAGUUUGUUGCUUUAAACUCUCACUUUUAUCUUGGAACGAAACAACUGCUGAACGCAGCGCUUAAGGGAACACACAUAUGCUCGGACAGCCGGAAGACUUUUGCCUCUCUUCUCUCCCACGCACUUGCAUGCACACAGACCUACAAUGCCACAGAAAACCAUUUAGAUGGCACGUAUUUCUAUUAUGACUGAUGGGAUGGAAAUAACUGUAGAUGCAACAGCGAGAAGAGCAAAUAUCCUUCAUUUACAAACCUCCCUCUUCUCUGAAUCAGUUGUUUCUUUGCAAUUAUAGAGUAUGCCUUAAGUACAGAAAAGUUUAAACAGAUGUGUGUAUUUAUUGCCAUGUUAAUUCUGUGGUUUAACUGAAGAGCAACUGCUGUUAAUCAAUUUACUUUUUUUAAACACAAGUGAUACCUGUUUUUUCUCGGUUUCCUUUUUUAAAAAAGAAAAAAAAAACAAUUAUUUUGUUGUCAUGUACACACUUCCAUUAUAAUAUUUAGCAAUGUUAUUGUCAUGUGCAGUGUAUGAAGAUGAUAAAUAAACACAAAGCAA